AGAGUAUACGAGUGUGAGUUGGGGCGUGGUAACUGGCAUCCCUGUGUAGAGGCUACAGAGAGUGUCAGAGGCCGCUGAUCUCCAGUGACCCGUGACCUCACCAGGUCACAGAGGCAGAUAUGGCGAGGAUCCUUCUGCUUCUAUUGGCUACUGCAGCUGUGCUACAACACGGUUCUACUCAGGACGACUAUAGCUAUUACGACGACAGCUACUACUACUACUACGAUAGUUCCUACGACUACUACAGCGACUACUAUAGCGACUACAGCUACAGCUACGACUAUAGCUACAGCUAUGAAGACGACACGACAACCGGCGAAGCAGCUGCCGCUGCUCCAGCACAAAAGACCAAAUCUACCACGACUACAAAGGCGACCACAACAACCAAAAAGCCAACCACUACAACCAAAACGACGACCACAACCAAAGCAGCGACUACGAAGCCAACAACUAAGGCAACCACGGCCAAGUCGAAUGUUCAACCAAAAGCGGCCGCCAGUGGUCCUCAAAAAACGACACCAGGAGGAGGUGCCAGCGGUCUCCGGAGCUGUGGAGGUUACCAGAUCGUACUGCUGUUCGGGCCUCUGAUCUACCGGAUGGUGCACCAGUGAGCAAAACUCGCUAGCGUGAACUUCUGUACACAUGUUGUCGAACAGCCAGUUAAAGCGUCCAUCCUAGAAAACUUGGCUACCCUAACUUGUGGUGUAAAAGGUCACAUUUCAGAGCUGUUGAUCUAUUUUUGACGAGUGGGCUACGUGUUCGGCUGUUCUUUUUCAUGUUUCGCUGCGGGCUAAAAAGUGAAAGAGGUGUAUUUUGACAAGUUAGCGUAAAUGUGCGUGACUCAAGUGUGUGUACGAAAGC